AUGGCAUGUAGUGACCUUUUCUAUGUGGAAGAAGCAACGCAAACAGAAGCAGACCAGGAGACCUGCGACGCUACAUCAUCGGCGAACAGCAACCAUGGACGACGAACAAUAGCCAAAAGGUCGUCGGCGUCGCUAAUCGGAAAGCAGAAAGCAGCCUCGUCGCUGGAAAACCCAGCGCCGCCACCGCCAACUGGCCUCCACGCAACGCCGAUGUCUGCCGCCGUCCGCCCGCCACAGUGCGAACCAGCCACCACCGUUGCCGUUGAUUCGUCUCCACCACCGGAACAGCUGCCGGCGAGACAAACUGGAGGUCAAGCUCCAAACACCACCGGCGAGCAAAUUCCGGAAUAAACCAAAAUUUCCAGCAGUCCAGACAAUUUAAUUGCGAACCAAAGAAUAUUCACCAUAUGUAAUUGAAUUAUACAAAUAUGUAUACAAC